AUGCACACUGAGCUGUCCGCGGCAGCUUUGAAUGACGCAGCUGUGCACAAUCAGCGACAGAUAAACUCCGCACUCGAACCGGAUUUAACCACAUCCGCUCUGCCAAACUAUUCAUCGUACUACGCUCCCGAACCAACCACACCACACCCACCGAUCGAUGAGACAAAUCGACGUGGUACUUCGAACACAUCCUACUCUCACACACCCACGUCAGCCCAGUACUCAUCAACAGAAUGCAGCAACUUGACGGAUUUGAAUACAUCCCUAUCAGCCCUACCUCCAUAUCCGACCGCAGCAAUGGCCGCCGCUGCCGUUGCAUGCCAUUCAGCCCGGUCGCUACCGCGAGCUGCGUCUGCAAACCCAGCCCAGUAUCUAACGUCUGCUUUUCAUGGUCCGAGCAACUACCUCGGUCGAGCUCAACAGCCCAUCCAAAACCAGCGUCUCUCAGGAUCGGUCGAUAACACUCAACCCUCUCAGCAUUCUCCCAGACGAGCUGCUGUGGUGGAUCUAGCUAACUGGAACCAGCCUGUUCAACCCUCACAAAAUGCAAAUAUCUUUUCCCCACCUACUGGGUUCUACACUUCAGGGAUGGCCGCAGCAGCAGUCGCUUCCUGUUAUUCAGCGUCCCAUUAUGAGCCAACUUCUCAGUCACAAACGGCGCAAUUCUACCGGUACUUGCAGGAUCGUCGAGCCAAUGCUGUCUACGGCCUGGGUAACAUAAGGUCUAGCACUGCAAAUUCUAGUUCACUCAUGGGAUCCAAUCGUGGAAGCUUCUUUAAUUCCACUUAUCCGUCUUGUACAAUGUAUCCAGACCCAUGUGCAUUUAUUCCGCGACUAGCGGCCAGAACCGGACACCAAAUGGGACUGGGAACCAUUGCAAAUGUGCCCACGCACACAGAGAACACAAGAUCUUCAACAGGCAAUGGUGAACUGUUCUACUGCCAAUGGAUCGAUCCAGUGCCUUUGGUUCCUGGAGCGCCGAGAAAACAAUGCACCAAAGUUUUCGAUUCAGUUACUGAAAUUGUCAAUCAUAUCACACUUGAACAUGUUGGUGGACCAGAACAACUUGACCAUACAUGUUACUGGCGUGAUUGUUCACGGGAAGGUCGGCCGUUUAAAGCCAAGUACAAAUUAGUCAAUCACAUUCGCGUCCAUACAGGGGAAAAACCGUUUCCUUGUCCGUUUCCCGGUUGUGCCAAGGUGUUUGCUCGGAGUGAAAAUUUGAAAAUACACAAAAGAACGCAUACCGGUGAAAAGCCCUUCAUGUGCGAAUUCGAAGGCUGCGACCGACGUUUUGCCAACAGUUCGGACAGGAAAAAGCAUAUGCAUGUGCAUAUGAACGACAAACCGUAUUUUUGUCGAUUUAAAGGAUGUGACAAAAGUUACACUCAUCCCAGCUCUUUGCGUAAGCAUUUGCGGGUUCACUCGUUGUCACCUACUAACUCUCAAGCCGAUUUGGAGGCGCGAUCCCCAGGUAGUGAGCAGCUGGAUGUAGAGAGUUCUGAGAUUCGCAAUAACGGGCACUUUGAAGAGGAACUACGUAGUGAUUUGAAUGGAGUCAAUGAGCCGCCCAAAUGUUCUCCCGGUAUGUCUCACCGAUCGACUUUUAUCAAAUCGGAACCCAUCAACUUGGGUAGGUUUAAUUGCAAACUGGGGAAGCGUGCAGAUGCGGGUUCAAUCGACUCGGUGGACCAAAACUCUGAGGUCAGUCUUCGAAAAAUACGGAAAAGACGCCACUCUUCCAAGACGGAAUUGUUCGGUUGUGAUGUUGGAUCAUUGGUUGACUUCAAGUCACCCCACAUGUUUGACAUUUUGCGAUCAUGUGAUCGUAUUCCGAACGCACUUACAUGUGGUGAUUUUUCUGGACGGGACUCAGCAGAUCAGUAUCGACCAGCCGUAUCUAUUCCAUUUUGUUUUAGCACACUACAUCCAUACACGCAAUCCGGACCCGCCUUCAAUACCCAGUCAACAACAUCGAAAGUUUUUGACGCAUUCCUACCUUUCUCUUCUCUUCAAUUCUCUCAAACUUCAAACCAGCCAAGUGCACUCUUGUCAAGGUCAAACACGAGUAUGGAUAGUGGACAGAGAGACAGAUUUUUAAGUGCACGUCGUGAUUUCGAACAUGGGAUUGCUUAUGCACAUCCGGCUUACGCACCCAACAUGUAUCAGAUGGCAAAUCCAGUGUUCCCCCAAUCCACUGACGCCAGGAAGCUGCGUGAUCUUUCAGAUUCCGUUAUCGAUGGGACAGGAUACAGUAGUCUGUCAGAACAAAUCGAACGAAGCUCACCAUCGCUUUGUCAAAAUUCAGUACAAAACGAGUUUACUUUGUUGCAUUCUAGUUCGAAUACACGAGACUCAUCACUUUCAACGCACCAGUCCACCCGUAAUUCGGAGAUUACAGUUCAGUCAACCAGUCACCACUCAUCGUCCACUGAUUCAGACCUCGAGAGUACAAGCUUGCUGUUUAAAGCUAAUUCUUCUGCAAAUUCGAGUUUCACAAAUUCAUCGGCGCCUAAACCACAGACAAACUUGUAUGAUACUCUCAGUCACCCAUAUUCAUCAAAUGCAGGAGCAAUAGCGAACACACUCCAGCCAGAAUUAUUGGCAUCGGACACCGAAGGUCUACCAACGGCCUCCACGGCCGCGACUAGUCCAUCAAACGCACUCUCCGUAGGAUGGCUCCCACAAGCCACCUCUGGGGCAACAUCAGUCAGCUACUUCGAUUGGCGUACUCCUCAUCCGGUACCGGGGGGCAACAGAAUUACACCUGACGGUACCAUUGAAGGACGGAUCUUGAAACAGAAUUCACCCGAUCACUCUUUGAAAUCUCCACCACUCCUAUCCUUGUCCUCAUCCAGUACUGUACCCGCUCCUUCUUCAACAGAUCUCCAAACAGCAGCAGCCUUCCAGCGACCGUAUUCUUCCCUACUAUUCCCACCCAACCGUUGUGCCAAUACUGGUUCCGAAUCGCCUCGCACCGUAAAUACCUCAAAUUUGACCAACCUAACUCUAAUCCAUCCUCUAAACGGCUGUGGCUCCCUCGAAGUCACCUGA